GCAGAUAGGGUAAACUGAGGAAGACAAGAGGCGCACAUCUGUGCAUCUGGACACAGCUGGAGCUGGAGUGAGAAAGAGAGAUAGUAAGAGAGAGAAACAGAGAUAGAAAGAAAGUGUGUGUGUGAGAGAGAGAGAAAUAUAAAGAUAGUGAAGUCUCUCUUUAUAAAAAAAAUAAAACUAUUUUAAGUUGAACAUAUACUCUAUAAUUGCAUUAGAGUGAGAGGGAGGAGAGGAGAGAGAGGCAGAGAGAUAGUGAGAGAGAGAGUGAUUCAGAAAAAGAGGGCUAAAGGAGAGAGUGGAGAGAAGCGUCAGCAGAGAGCAAGGGGGAAAAGAAAAAGAAGGUUAUUAUUCAAAAAUACUGACGCAGUUGUAGCUGGAGAGGCAAACAACACCAUCCCCUUCUGAAAAGUGCCUCGGAAACUUCACUAUGGCUGUUCCCAUGGCGACAAGGACUGUGACGACGCUGCUCGUGCUAGUGACGUUUUUGGCACAGUCGCUCGCAAUCAGCAAUGAGCUGGAUUAUGGAACCUGGAACUACAGAGAAGGAGCGGAGAACGUGAACGUAGCUAAUGUCCGGAGUGUGACCCGUGUGCUGGACGCUUGGGGGAAGCGCAUCUUUAACGAGAUUAAGACGCUGCUGCACUCACAUCCCAGUGCACUACUGCCUGACUACUCAAGGGUCCGUCCUCUCUCAGAGUCUCUGAACGAUCUCUUCAGAGAAGUCUCGCACUUACAGAGGCGCAUCACCGACCUCAACCAUCGCCUAGCAACCCUGGAGCCCCUUCUCCGUCGCCAUGGCUACCGCAAAGAGGGGGAGGAGGGAGGGGAGGGGGCCGAACCCGCACCCCAAAGCAUGAGGGGGGCGGGCUACAGCUUGGCAAAAUACCCCCAACGCUACAGGGUCCGUGUGGUGCACCCCUUUAACAGAGUGGUACGAACCAGGAGAGUGAAAGUGUACAAGGAUGGGAUAGGCAGAGUCAAAGUGAGAGAGGAUGAGAGAUAGAUGGGUGAGAGGAGUGCAAGCAAGAAUGAGAAAGAGUAUGAGAGAGAGGGAGACAGCGAGAGAAAGAGAAAUUGAUAUUAUAAACUUUAUAAUAUUGUAUUAGUAUAUAGUGUAAGUUACUUAAUGUAUGAAAUAUAGUACAACAUCUCCAGAAAACUGUGCAUUAUGUUGGUGGUGAAUUAUGAAUAACACAUUCAAACGUGUAACACACAUAGUAAGGCAUCUGUGUUGGGGGAUGAAAUGAAUUUUCAAGCAGGUUUUUUGUUUGUUUUUCCUAGCAUCUAUCAGGACAUAUACAAUAUGGAAUCCAAUUUUAGCUUCAUAUUAUAUAUUAAAUUAUAUUAUAGUCUAUAAGAGUUAAACUCUAGAAAAAUGUUAUGGAUGUUCCUUAUUGUAAUGAAUGAUGAAUGAAGAAUGUUUUUACAGGUAUAAAUAAAAUUUAUACAUUUAAAAGUAAAA